CUUGCGGCUUAUGUCAACAAAUCACAUUCUCUUCAACAGCUUGUGAAAUUGGGUUGUAGAUCUAUAUAAAGUAGAAUUAAAGAAAGAUGCUGCCCAAUUCAUUCUCAACUUAGAUUUUGAAAAACAUAUGAAGUUACAUUUGAGAUUUUUACACGAUAUUGGUUUACCAGCGGAGGAAUUCGGUAAGUUUAUUACUAAGAACCCAUUCAUUUUCAAGCAACAAUUGGAUGACCUCCAAGUUCGUGUAAAUUAUCUGGAAGCGAAAAAGUUUACUACAGAUGCAAUCACACGAAUAGUCACAGCAAAUCCGGUUUGGCUUAAUUUCAGCACCAUAGAAAUUGACAAGCGAUUGGGAUUUUUCCAAAGGACUUUCAUUCUGUCAGGAGAUGAAGUAAGACAACUGGUAGUACUCCGACCAAGGAUAAUCACAUAUGACCUGGGAAGAAUAACAGUUAGUUUAUAUGCUGUAAAGGGAGACAUGGGAUUUAAUGAGGAGGAAGCUAAAGCAUUGCUUUUAAAGAAGCCCAAGUUGUAUGACAUUUCUACAAAAGCUUUAAAAGAACGUUUUGAUUAUGUACACAACAUAAUGGAAAUAUCACAUGAGCAAAUUCUCCAACAACCAUCAGUUCUGUUGUUCAGAAACUUCAUCGUAAAACAGAGACAUGAAUUCCUCAAAACUCUCGGCAAAGCUCAGUACGACCCAAAACUACCAGGAUAUAUCUCCCUUGACACUCUGAUACAAGGCAGCAGUGAUGUUGAUUUUUGUACAAAUGUAGCUAAAAUCAGCAUAGAUGUGUUCAAUGCGUACCUCAAGACUUGUUAAAAUCUGUAUUAAUAUUUUCAUAUUAUUGUUAUUGUAAAUAUAUGAGUUUUUAUAGUCA